UUCGACAAAUCACCCCCAAAACCGAGCCUCACUAAGCCGCCACUUUCGCAUCUCAAUUGCGCCGGCGCCGGCGAUAAAGCGAGUGGUGUUGGAUCCAUGGAUGAGUUACCUCCGGGUCGCGUAUUUAACCCGUCGGAUGAGGAGAUAAUCCGUGAGUAUCUGACGAGGAAAAACAACGAGGAGGGGUUUCACACCAACAUGAUCCAUACGGUUAAUUUUUAUGAUUUCGAUCCAGAUUAUCUCUCUGGAAUACAUGGAGCAAGUGGAAACGGAGUGUGGUAUUUCUUCACAAAGAGAAAGAGAAGUAAUAGACCCAUUACUGUGGUGGACAGGAGAGCAGGGAAUGGAGAUUGGAAGGUUGUUGAUGUUGUUAAAGAUAUCAUGCAUGAUGGACGAAGAAUUGGGGCGCGCAGUUCGUUUGCCUACUUCACAGGGCCAUAUCGAAAAACUGUUAGGACUGAUUGGAUGAUGAGAGAAUUCACAGCACCAGAAAUCGAAGUGAGGUUUGAUGAUUGGGUUGUGUGUAAGAUGUACGAGUACAAGUCAAUCAGUAAAAGAGGCAACUGUAGUUCGAUCCCUGAUGUGGUGAAUGAAGCCGGGAGUUCAAGAAAAAGAAACCAUGACGGAGAAGAGAAAGAUGGAAAGGCACAACACAAACGUCGUGUGAAUAGCGCAACUGCAACUGCAACUGCAAGCGCAAGGUGAAUGGACAAGAUUUGAGGAGCAUAGUUCUAAAUGUGCAAUUUUUUUUGGUUGUAAUUACAACCAGCAUUAAAAUUAGGAGCAUAGUUCUAAAAUAGAGAUCAUUUCGGUAUAGAACAAAGACUCCAGUGAGUCAUGAUUCUAUAUUUUUAAUACUUUUGGGACUUGUUUGUUGCAAAGUCCUUGGCGCAUGACCAACUCACACAUGUAGUAUAUUUUUACCGAUUGUGCUUAAUAACUGAAUCGUUUCAAAAG